AUGAGUGAGGAGGAGGACCUGAAAUUUCAAUCUUCUUCUGAACAUCAGAGACAAAAGCCCAAGAAUGCUGGAAACAAAGAUUCUCUCACUCCAUCACCCUCCUGGUUGUCAAUGGCAGUCGUGCUCGGCGUCCUCUCACUGUGCCUGCUUUUGCUGAUAACAGCGAGAAUCCUGGGUGCCAAGCUCACUCAGUGGGGCGGCCAGCAGGAAGUCCUCACCCAGCAGGUGGAAAAUCUCACCCAGCAGCUGAAGGUUUGCCAAAGCCAAACCACAAACCAUCAAGGGGACAAAUGUCCGGUACAGUGGAUACGGUGGAUACAGUCCAGUGACAGCUUGUACCUCUUUGCUGCUGCAACCAGAACUUGGGAACAGUGUCAAUCCUACUACUCAUCUCAAUCUGCCCAGCUGCUUAAAACUGAGAAUGAGGAAGAGAAGAAUUUCAUACAACAAGAAUCAUAUCUUUAUUUUGAAAUACGUCAAGGCUUUAGAUAUUAUUUCCCUUUCUGGAUUGGAUUAUUGUAUGAUUCCAGCACCAGGAAGUGGGUCUGGGUGGACAGCACAGCUCUCUCCUCUGGCCUGCUUGAAAUCCCAGAAGCUGAUAGCCAGCAUUAUCGGGGUGGAGCUUGUGCCUAUAUCCAAGGUGGGAAUUUCAAAGCUGGAGCCUGCGGAGAAACUCGAUCCUGCCUUUGCAAGAAGAUGAAGGAUUUGACAAAAACUUGA